UCGGCGAGUUCCCGGGCGUGUGUCGGUGUCUGUCUCCCAGCUGCGCGCGGCCCGGCAGGCUCGCUGGGGAUUCCCGUCCGAGGCGCCAGCUCUGUCACUACUGUCACCCACGGAGCCACUGCCAGAGGGGAGUAGACCCGGCCCUUCGCCGGGCAUUGAAGAUGUUGCCCCUGUCCAUCAAAGACGAUGAAUACAAACCACCCAAGUUCAAUCUGUUCGGCAAGAUCUCGGGCUGGUUUAGGUCCAUCCUGUCGGACAAGACGUCUCGGAACCUGUUUUUCUUCCUGUGCCUGAACCUAUCUUUCGCUUUUGUUGAACUACUCUACGGCAUCUGGAGCAACUGCCUAGGGUUGAUUUCCGACUCUUUUCACAUGUUUUUCGAUAGCACUGCCAUUUUGGCUGGAUUGGCAGCGUCUGUUAUUUCGAAAUGGAGAGAUAAUGAUGCUUUCUCUUAUGGGUAUGUCAGAGCGGAAGUUCUGGCUGGCUUUGUCAAUGGGCUUUUUUUGAUCUUCACUGCUUUUUUUAUUUUCUCAGAAGGAGUUGAGCGCGCGCUGGCCCCGCCCGACGUGCACCACGAGAGGCUGCUGCUGGUGUCCAUCCUGGGGUUUGUGGUGAACCUGGUGGGAAUCUUCGUCUUCCAGCACGGAGGUCACGGGCAUUCUCACGGCUCCGGCCACGGACACAGCCAUUCCCUCUUUAAUGGCUCUCUGGACCAGGCCCACGGCCGGGGAGACCACUGCCACAGCCACGAACUGAAACAUGGGGCUGCGCACGGCCACGGGCACAGCCACGGGCACUUCCACUCCCACGAUGGCCCCUCCUUAAAAGAAACCACAGGACCCAGCAGACAGAUUCUACAAGGCGUGUUUCUGCACAUCCUGGCGGACACCCUGGGGAGCAUCGGGGUGAUCGCCUCCGCCAUCCUGAUGCAGAACUUCGGCCUGAUGAUAGCGGACCCCAUCUGCUCCAUCCUGAUCGCCGUGCUCAUCGUCGUCAGUGUUAUUCCUCUUUUAAGAGAGUCUGUUGGGAUACUAAUGCAGAGGACCCCUCCUUCGCUGGAAACUGUUCUGCCUCAGUGCUAUCAGAGGGUGCAGCACCUGCAGGGCGUGUACAGUUUGCAGGAGCAGCAUUUCUGGACCCUGUGCUCCGACGUGUACGUGGGGACCCUGAAGGUGGUGGUGGCGCCGGACGCCGACGCCAGGUGGAUUUUAAGCCAGACACAUAACAUUUUUACUCAGGCCGGAGUGAGACAGCUGUACGUACAGAUUGACUUUGCAGCCGUGUAAGGAGUGAGGAGAGACUGCUGCCGCCCCGGGGUCCGAGGUCUCCGGUACUGUACCCAGCCUCGCCACAGCGGGAGCGCCCCGCACGGCUCCCAGCCCGGCAGACGGGGCGCCCUGCGGGGCUCGCAGCUGGGGGUGAGGACUGAGACCUGCUCUCCCGGACGGACGCCGGGCCUGGUCCGUGGUGCCUGCCCCUCCCGACCCUUGGAUUUCUGGGCUUUCUGGGUUCGCCCCAGGCGGUGUUUUCGUUCGUCGGUUUGUUUCUCUUUUCCCCUGUCCCUCCCGGCGUCCUCAGGCCACCCCGCCUCCCGGCCAGCCCGAGCGCGGCUGCGUCUGUGUCGUCCGGAAGGUCUUCACCGAAGCGGCCGCAGACCGCUUCCUCCAUUCCCACAAAACCAGUGUUAUUAAAACAAGGAAGAAAAGAAAUGGGAACCUUUUUUACAUGUAACAUCACGGCCGCUGACGUUCUUCAGUGUGACCCUACGUUUGUGAAGUUGUUUGUACCUUGCAAACUUACGAACCAAACCAUAUUGGGUUUUCCAAGUGCCUUGUCUCAGAAAGUGUGCUUGCCAGCAGGGCAGUCUGCCGUCGCGUGCGUUUUAAAAAUAGUCGUUCUGUGAUCUGCCCCAGGCGAGGCUCCUGGUGGUGAUGUGUACAGACUGCCGUUCUGUGUGCUGCCCGCAGGGGUUAGCUGUGUGGACAUUUUCCUUUUACUGCUCCAUCUUGUCCAAAAAAAUAAAAGGUAACGUUUUGCUUUUUAAAUCCAAUUCAGCGACCACAGUAAACCGAUUUGUGGAUUGUGUUUUCAGAACUUUGCAAAUGCAUCUGUGAUGAAGGUAGCUAGUUGUUCUGACUUUGUCCAGUCGCUAAAUUCCAAAUUUCUGUACGAGCUGCUGUGUCUGUGACAAACUGUCCUCCCCCUGUCUGUCCUCGCUGACCGUCGUGGGUCUCGUUAGUGGAAGGAGAAGGCCACAUGCCGUGAAGACAGAAAUGGCCGUGAUGGUGUCCUUUUGCCGUGUCGCUGUUCGGAUGCCGGGUCACGGGCCGAGUUUGCCUGUGCAGCCACUGCACCAGGGCUGGAAGCAGCGCCCCCCCCCCACCCCCCAACACUGCGUCCAGGCCGGCGAGGGUCCAGGGAGCGGGGGGCUCUUCCCCACACAGGGUCUCGGGCUGCCUGAUCCGCUGGUUUCCAGGGGCCCGUGUGUUGGAAAGUGGAAUUGCGAUGGCAGGUGCUCGAGCAGUCUGUGCAAACACGCCGUCGCACCGAACUUCCUCCUGUCACCGUGCACGCUCCCCUCUGUGCUCUGGAAAAGUGAGACCGUCGGGACACGAAGACCCUGCAGAAAGGAUGGACAUGGCUGUGGAGGGUGCAGAUCGACGAUGAGCACUUUUCACUGCCGUGGCAGAAAUCGCUGUCGAUUCUGUCUAAGGUCUAGAGUAUCGUUUCCCCGUUUCUGACCCACAGUUUAUGAAUGGCACAGUGCCAGGAGAACUGAGCUGCUCUCUUCCUGCUUCUCUAAACCCUUGUGGAUGGCCGUGAACGCACCCCGAUCUCCUUUCUGCAGACUAGCAUUUUCAAAACCUGUUCUCCUAACUGCCAGGCAGUUCUAAAGCCCCGCGUUCCUGCAGUGAAACGUGCUGAUUAGCGGGGCCAGCUGUCGGGGGGACCGGGUGCAAGGAGAGGCCCUGACGUCGAUGCUGCUGCUUCGUCGUGGGCGUCAGAGGCGGGUCCCUCCGAGGUCCCGCCCGCUGCCCAGCCCGCUGGAGCCCCGGGCUGCGCGCGGGUUCCGGCUUUCGUGGGAAACGCCGUUCGGGCGGAGGCAUGGAUUCAGGACGUGUGUCUGAAAACUAACGGUGUGUGACUGGGGUGACACUUCCCACGUGGGGAGACUGCCAGCACGGGCUGGUGAGAUUCGUGGGUGAUGCUGGGGGCGACGCUGCCCCCCGCUGGGCCCUGCCUUGCAGGUGAAACCCAGUCAGUCGGUACGCAAGGGCAGGAGAGUGGUUCUUCUUUCCUGGGCCAGACGAGAGCGUGGGGAAUCCCGGAGGGACAGGGAGUCUGACCUCGCCCCUGCCCCACAGGUGGCCAGCUCCCGUCGUUCGGCCGGCUGGCGUUAACACGUACGCUUUAAUUAAAUGUUUUUAAGCUUGCGUGUGCAGCAGUAAAAAAUUAGGGCGAAAAAGCAAUUUUUUCCCCACACUUUGAGGAGUUGCUUUGUUUUAUUGGUGUUCCUGGCCCAGAUGUGUUGCUAAAGUAGAUCAUUUCACUGAGAAAUAACUACUUAGUUAUUGUGAUAAAAUGAAUGCAGACUGUCCCGAUGGCUGGGCUGACCUUGGGGCGGCGGGGCGGGGAAAUCUCAGUAUCUGUGUGUAACUCAGCUAGUAUUUCAAAAACCAAAACACACUCGGACAGCCAACGUCUGUCACUCGGGGAGGGUUCACUUUGCCAGGUGGCAUCCCUGAGCGGAGAGAGCUGCGCUGGUUCUGUGCCCCCGGGUCUAGGCUGUGCCGGUCAGGAGGGGGCUCACCCUCAGCGCGGCCCCUCAUCUUGGGGACUCCCUGGGCCCCUGUGUGAGGGGUGUGGCCUUGGUCGUCGGCAGCUUCAUGUCCACACGGUCGCCCCCACGCCCCCUGCCGCCAGGCCAGGCCGACGGGAGUGUGGUCACCUGUCCUUGGUGCUGUGAUUCCCCUGCAUCCAGACGCCUCGGCUUCGAGGCCAGCAACCAAAAUACCGUGACUGCCGUGCCCUUUGCAGAGCAGCCAGACCCCUGACCCCUGGCGCAGCUGGCCGGAGUCCUCUGAUGUGUUCGCCUGUACCGUCCAUGUCUCGGGUUAUUGACGAGUGUCCCCACGGAGAGUGCUGGGGUUCGAGGACACAAGUAUUCAUCUCAUGGCGUGACACAGAACGUGACAUCUGAGGCGACUGUCCCUCCAGGCAGCCUGCCCCAGCUCUCGUCUCUCAGAUGAGAGUGUCGGGCCUGGAAAAGCUGGCCUGUCCUCAAGGUCACAGAGGCCCGUCGUGGCCCAGGCCGGCCCAGACUAGACGCCCGGUCUCCCUGUUUCCCGGUGCCACCACCCUUCUGUAACGGUGGUGAGCAGGGACUUGUCCACAGUGGACGUCUGACCUCCAUUUUUGGUACAUGGACGCACUUUAUCCACGGAGUUUUACUGUCUUGUUUUUCAUACGUAAUGAUGAGGUUUAGCGUAUUGUUUCUGUACUAUUCUUUAUGGGAGACAUACUUACAUUUUUUACUCUUCUACUUUUUUACUCUCGUGAAGCCGGUUCCCGAUUUUUACACAGCUGAUGGCGUCUGUGCCUCGGACCCUCCCGCCCCUGAGUGGGUUUUCCUGGUCGUCUGCCCGAGGCUCAGGGCAGCGUGGGGGUCGCUUGGUCUUUCCCCUCCUGCGCGUGCUCUGGUCGCUCGGGCGCUCCUCCAUAGCAGCAGCCAGGCCCGUCGGCGGGUCCCGUCGCUCCAGUCUCGGCCCUCCAUUCCCCGUGCCUGGGGCGCCUCUGCACACCUCUGCACGUCCGGCGCUGUUCUCACAGCCGCACAGGGCCAGGCGGGCAGUCUGGCCGGAACGAGACAGAUUCUCUAAUUCGCUAGGGUGACGUUUGAACUCUUAAUCAGAAUCCCAAAUGCUAAAUCAGCUGUUGGCUUUCAUCUCUCCACGUCAGUGUUAAUGACCUUGAGGGACUUUUUUUGGUCACCGUCUUCAAAACAAAUUAGUUUCCCAUUCGCAUGAUCUUUGGAAAAAAGGAAAUUAUUUUAUCCUUCCCAGAACACUGAUUGAAAGUUUGAUUACUGGCAGGUCGUUUGGAGAGGCGUCCCCCAGCAGCCUUAGUGGCUCAGAUCCUGGCCCCGGAAUCGGGACGGGCUUUGGCUUCCACUUCACCGUUUUCCAACCCAAAUUGUCCAGAGGGAAGGGUUGGGGUUUAACCUUUAUGAAGUGCUCCUGCGUCGGGCUCUUUGCGUGGCCUUUUCCACAUUCUCACUGGAAAUCCCCACAUUUCUACAAAGAGUUUUGAGUGGUUUUGUGAUUGACAGGGUUUUCAGAUAUGGUUUCUCCUCUGAUUCUCCUGACACUGGGAGGAAGGGAUGCCCGCCCCCACCAUGCAGGCGAGGCCGCCGUAGCCGGAGAGGGCGGGCGGGUGCCUUGCCCCGGGGAGCACCUGCCAGGGCUCUGCUCCCCGUCCCUUGUGUCUCUGCUCGAACGAGUUCAAGACCUGGCCCCAGAAGCCGCCGCCAAGCUGAUGCUCCCUUACACAGUCGGGGCCGUGACCCUGGCAGAGCGAGCGUUACAGCCACUCCUUCCACCGUCUCUUUGGCCUCCUUCCUGGCUUUGCCGUGGACCCGGAACCGCAGGCCGAAAAGAGCACUCAGAACUCCUCCCAGCACCCCUAGGGAUUUAAAAGGGUAAAGGGAAAAUGUCCUUGGCACUCACAGAGGGGCCGGCCAGAGGACAGAGUCAGGGCCGGUGUGCGUGGGAGAGACGGGCCUCCUGGCCCGGGGGCGUUCGCCCAGGGGGGCUGCCCUUCCGAGGGGCCGGCCGCUGGCCACUCUGUGCGGCCUGAGCGGGCGGCCGGGCCCGACGUGCGUUCCGCUCUGCGGACACCUUGUCGGAGGAGGAGGGACUCGACUCCAUCGUCCGCAGUCACCUGUGCUCACACGUAGUGCUGCUCCACUCCGAACUCCUCCCCCGGCUUUCGGAAUGUGUCGUUUGUGACUCUGACCGUGCCGUGGGAAGUAGAAAGAAUGUCUGAUCCGUCCUGCUGUCCCCGAGCUGAGCGUGGGUUCACACUCACAGCGUGCAGUAGCCGUCCGGUGAGCGAGCACAGGGUGGAGCCAGGGUCGAGGGCAGGGAGACCCGGCUGUGUGCCAUGUAUUGCAAAACCCCGUGCAGCUUUCCUUUGGCAUUUUUGCACAAGUAAGUGACUUCCUUUUCCUUUGGGCCAUUUCUUCCCAAGCUGCCCCGUGAGCUGGUCCUUCAUGUUUGUGCAGAGGCCGUGCAGGUGCGUAGCUGCGGGCCGGGGAGGAGGCAGACGGCCCGCGACCGGGGCCGCUUGAACUGCGUCUUUGGCAUCCAAGCGAGAAGCCGCACUGUGUCCUUCGUUGCUAAGGACGGCUGCCACCCCCAUGUCACUCCAUGCCCCGUGCAGAACACGUCUUCUGCUUCACGCGCCGUCCCAGAAGGGUUGUCCAGAACUCUUCCCGAGAGAGACCCUCAAGACGCUUCUAGAACAGCCACACUGCACGUAGGAAGCAUUUGAAUAUCCCUAGGAUAGUUCUGACUCUUUUUAACUCUUCCUCUCCAGAAUCCAAACCUUAGGAGAGCUGCUCUAUACUGCUCCGUUUACUUUGCACUCCUUCCCGUUGCUGCUGCCCGGGGCUCGGGGAAGGGUCUGUGUUGAACCAGAUGUGUCUCUGACAAGAGUUUGCCAAGUUAUCCCAUUGCUUCCUCUCAAAGCGGCGAAUUCAGUGGCUUUCCUGCCCAGGUGGGAUUUUGCCCCAACAUUUGUGAGUUUGGCCCAUACACAGAAUGGGCCUUUUAUGUCAGAAAUACUGUGAAUGGAAAAUUGCCAAAUCCCUUCCCGGUCUCUUCCCCGCGCCCCUUCCGCUCCUGACCUCCUGCCUUGAGUGGUUCCUGAGCGCGUGGCCCCGUGCGAGCGCGGGUUGGACUCCUUCCGUGAAGGCCGGGGGCCUCCCAUGUUCCCCGGCAGACGCUGGGGGAUGGGGGACGAGGCCGGGCUUGCCCGUCCGACCCAAGGGCUGUUGUGAUUUGGUUUGCACACACACAGGUGAGCCACUCGGGCUCGCCCAAGUACGACACAGCAGCUCUGUGAUGUCGACUCCACUUUUUGUUACCCGAAGACAUUUUUGUACGUUUUGUGUAACCUCAGAUGUAUUUUGAAAAAAAAAAUAAACAGCUGUAUCAAGAUUCUCCCAAUAAAAUUCCUGUUUAAAAGUC